UCAUCUAUUCUUUGUAUUUCGGGUAGCACAAAAAAAGGAAAAAAAUGGUAGCUCAGAGUGUGACUAAUAAACAGAUCGCGCGUUAUUGGAAUCAGCGACGGAGGUUGGAGGAAGAUCAUCUCUUCGCCGCCGUCAAGGCCGCCGCUCGCCUCCGCGCUCGGAAUCUCUCCGAGGAGGAUUACCUGAGAUUCAAGGAGUCCUUAGCGGUGGAGGAGGAGGAGAAGAGUAAAUCUGCGGGAGCUAAAGACUGGUGGACUAAGAGCAAAUAUGCGUACCUAAACCAGCCAGCGGCGGAUCAUCCAAGGAGAAGAACCGAUCACUUUCAUCUUCUUCCUCCUCCUCCUCAGUAUUCAUUCGCUUUCAAAUCUGCUUCUCUUCUCAAAUUCAUCUCGCCGGCGACCUAGCUACCUCUAUCACCUCCGAUCCUCAUAUAUGUCCUCUAAAUUAUAUGCAUCUUGUUAUACUAAUUCAUAUGUAUAUAUGCAUCUUCUUAUACUAAUUCAUAUGUAUAUAAGUUGUUUUCCGUGUAUAUGCAAGUCAUGAAUCGAUUUUUCUUCAA